GGGAUCUACUAUCCUUGGUCUGUCUACUUAUGGCUUCUUCGUUCUUGUCCGGUCAAAGGCUGGUUUCCUGAUCUCGCAGUUCUUUGCGUUCUCUGCCAUGAUUACUAGAGUAUCCCUCCAGUGUAUCGUGGGCGCAGUGUUCACUGUCUUGUCGCCGUCAAAAUUGAGCCUGCUUGCCAUACCUGCCAUGAUCCACACCAUGUGGCUCAAUCCUCAUUUUGUGUCACCACACACCGACGCACUGGCCAACUCGACCUUGCAGACAGAUCAGUGGAAUCUGCUAGAGCGCGCAGAGUCGAACACUGGUUACAUAUCGGUGUUAGAGAACCUGAACGCCGGGUAUCGUGUUCUCAGAUGCGACCACUCGUUGUUGGGCGGAGAGUGGCUGGUCACGGAAGAGAGAAGAAGACAAGGCAUCACCACGCCUGAGCCCAUCUAUUCAGUCUUUGAGAUUCUGGAAGCCGUACGUCUGGUUGAGACUCCUCGUAGUGCUACUCCAGAUAACGAGAAGAGUGCGCUUGUAGUAGGACUCGGCAUAGGCACUGCGCCUAAAGCUCUCAUCGCCCACGGGAUCAACACAACCAUUGUGGAACUUGACGCCAAGGUUCAUGAGUAUGCUACCAAGUAUUUCGAUCUGCCCAGUGACCACACUGCGGUUUUGGAGGAUGCUGUAAACUGGGUCCAGACCGAGUCGACGAACGCUACCACGCAAUACGACUAUAUCAUCCACGAUGUCUUCACUGGCGGUGCAGAACCCCUUCCCUUAUUUACCGACAACUUCCUGGGCAAUCUGCGCUCUCUCCUGAAACCUGACGGCGUCAUUGCUGUUAAUUACGCUGGUGACCUUGACGACUCCUCGACAAAGCAAAUAGUCAACACCAUCAACCUCGCUUUCGACCGUCAGUGCCGUAUGUUCCGUGACUCUGAGUCAUCCUCAGAGACGGGUCAGACAGAUUUCCUCAACAUGGUCAUUUUCUGCAAGAAUGCUGCCGACGGCAGAUUGGAGUUCCGAACACCCGUCGAAGCUGAUUAUCUGGGCACGGUAUCGCGUAAACACUAUCUUGUCCCAAAGGAGAAGCUCGAGUUACAGUUCCCGACCGAGGAAGAACUCCAAGAAGAGACGGAACAGACUUUGACGGUCGAUAAACUCAGUGAAUUCGAAAAGAAGCAGGUCGAAUCUGCCAAGAGACAUUGGAAGAUCAUGAGACUGGUUGUGCCGGAUGUUGUUUGGGAGCUAUGGUGAUGUUACUCACCCGCGCUUUGCGAUGUGGUGGCGAUUGCUCAGUACAACGAUGAGUGCGCUCUAUGUGACUUCGCCGAGAGCAAAUUGUGUACACAGGUCGAGUUUUGCUCCAACGCCCUCAAUCAAGCUCAGCUUCUCCAAACCAGCGCUGAUGCAAGCUUCCAAACAGAAUAGGUGUCAUUCGAAGCUUGAAAGAGUCAUCAAGCUUCACGGCUGCCUAGAUCACAUCUCCCCAU